AUGAUUAUAGUAGCGAACGGAGAAAGUAGUACGGAAUAUAGCCUGGAGUACAAUGAAGAGGACAGCAAAGAAGACGGCAAGAAAAUUAAAAUUGGUCACCAGGUUGACAUCCACAACAACGACACACUCAUGAUUCAGGAAGAGAACUACACAUACUACUCUUACAGUUUGAGCAAAAGUAGCAGAUGGGUUGACAAGAAAGAUGUCCCCGCGACCCCAGAGGUCAUUCUCAAAGACCACCAUCUGGGGGCAAAGGUUUUAAGAUUGGACGGUGAUUUUAUUUUCUAUGGUCAUCUCAUUGAUAAGAUCGUCCUAACAACUGGCGGAUUCAUCCACACAAACGAGAUGACUCACUCCAUGCUCACCUACUCCUCUUACAUCGCACCUCUCAUGGCCAACUUCUACACCACCUCCGAUCAGCUGCCAACAGGCACGCUGUUCGUCUUUAAGAAUAUUGAACAGGACGAUAAUAGAAUGGUUGUCGCGAGCGAAUCCUCACGAUGUUGCAGUCGGCUUGUGACCUCGAAAUUGAACUGCCAGUGGUGUGAGAAGAUGAAGCUGUGCUCAGAUGGAUUCGAUAGGAAGAGGCAGUUCUGGGUGGAACACAAUCGCAAGUUCCCGGACGAGAAGGUCAUUGAGGUUAGGAACGGUACCGUCCUUGAUAACAUCACUUACUACAGCGAUCGGAUCAGAGGAAUGGGUGAUGAUGAAGGUUCGAAUACCGGUCUGACGCCGAUAAUGUUCUAUGCCAUUUAUUUCUUUGUUGUUUUAUCUGCGCAUCGUUGCGAGCGCCUGUUCAACUGCCUGAAGAUGAGGAGGAGGAGGAGGAGGAGAGAUGAUGAUGCGAGUGAGAGUUCCAACUUUAGAGAGGCGUACGUCACUUUCGACAGACAGAGAGACGCUACCACUACCACUGCCACUACUUCAACCGCUACUACUGCUGCUACAGCUUCCACUUUCACUGGCAACAGAGCCACGAAUUUUGGCGCUUACCACGACGGUAUAAGGAUUGGUCAUCUGGGUGGUCUUGGUGGCGCUUCUAAUGCUUUUGGUGGUGGUGGUGCUUUCCAAGCCGUGAAUGAUCUGCAUGCAAGUGGUGGAGGUGGUAGGACUGGCAAACAGAAUAUGGUGCUCGGAUGA